CUGACGCGCCUCCACUGCGCUGCCGUGAUUGGCUGCUCCCUUUUUCACAACUUCCUCAAAAAACACAAACACACAGAGCAAUCAGCUGAGCGUGUGAGUGCAGUGGCAGUUAUUCAAAAGUAAACAUCUGUUUUUGACACCUUGAUUCGUCUCUAAAUGCUCACGUAGCACCGGCGAGGAUUGUGAGGAAUGUUCACGGGGAGAACAGGAAACUGAAAGUGUCUGGAAGCACUCAGACGUGAGAGAGAGACGACGUCUCUCAGCCACAACAAAGGGUGAAAUAUGGGCAGUGAGUACCGACCACUGUCUCCGGCAGAGUCAUGUCGAAGUGUGUUCAUAGAGACGUCAGAGUGCUUUAUAUGCAGGGAUGUUGAACUUCAAGCCAGUGACCCACUGAGGAAUUUCUGCGACUGCAAGAAUUUACUUGCCCAUCACGUGUGUCUGUCCACAUGGAUCCAGAGGGGAUGUGGGAGUGAAGACAGGCUGCGAUGCGUCAUCUGCAAAGGCAAGUACCAGCUCCAGAGAAGCUCUCCCUGGUGGACGGUGAGCUUCCGGUGGCAGACGUGGCUGGUGCUGUUCGCUGCGCUGGUUCUGCUGGGCCUGGUGCCGUACGUUGUUCACCGCAUGAUGACCGCCUUCACCAACCCUCCUCCUCCCGGCACCUUUCAACUGGCCGCGGCCUCUUUCGGCGUGCUGACAGAGAUCCUGCUGAUCAAGUGUCUGUGCAGCUACCUCAGCAGUCGGUACCAGCAGGCCGAGCAGAUCUCCUUCACAGUCCGGCCCAGAGACUCCGAACAGGACCGAGCGAGCCCCGGCCGCUGGGAUAGCUCCGAGGCCGUUGCAGCGGCGGCGGGUCACGCUUCGUCCGCGGCCUCACCCGACCAAGUGGACAAAGGGAAAGUGGGCGCGCUGCAGAGUGGAUGUCUCAGCCUGUUCUGAACCACUAACAGGAGAGUUUACAGAAUCUGAGAGUAAAUCAUUUGGAUAUGUUUCUAACAGCCAUUCAAGAUAUCGCAUCAGUAUAUCAGCAGAGUUCUUGCACUUUAAAACCUAUUUUCAAGGGGUCAGAUAUUCUUGUUUUCCUCCGCGCUCACACUCCUGCUUUAGUCAGACGAUAUACUGUAUUCUCUGCAAACUGCAAAGUGGCUGUAAGGAAGAGAGUGCGUGCAGUUUGCAUGAGUGUGUUCGGGCAAAGAGGGGGGGGGGAGAAAAAAAGCCUAAGAUCAUUCUCUUUCCCUAAUGAUGUCCACACAGAGACAAUGGGGCGCCGCUCUGAUUAGUGUCACCUGUCCUUGUGCAUCUCAUCAGCUCCAUUAUGGCUCCAUCUCCCAUGCUUCUCCCGCUAAUUGAAUAGCCUGUGAAGUGGUGACGGUGACGGGGGCGAGAGCAGCGUCUGUCCCACUGCUGCUUCGCAAAUGAGAGUAAAGCUUCCCAGGGAGACGCUGCUGUUGUUCUUAAAACAUAAACCAUUAUUGUACGGAUAGACGGGGUGUUAACAAGUAGCCCUCGUGUUAUAUUACCAUCAGAUCGUCGGCGGAUUGUGUUCGUACAGAUAACGGCUUUGAGUUAAGUGUCCGCUGUAGUUUUUUGACGGGGAUCAAAGGCAGCAGCACGCAUCGCGUCAGUGUAAAGAAAUGUGGCCGUAAGAUAUUCACUAAUGACUUUCACGUGUUAGCUCCUACAGAAGCUGCACAUGGCAAAUACAGUGUGUGUGAAAGUGUAGUUAAAGCAGCAUGUCUGACAUAUGGGGGGAGAUGAGAAAACUGACAAUACUUUCAUAUCUGUGUGUUUAAAAAUACUGUCACAGCGGCUGGUUAGCUCAGCUUAGGACAAAGACUGGAGACGCGGGGUGAAGCUAGCGCCAACUGGUCAGAAACUGGGAGCAAAAUUCUUCAGGGGGAUCGUACGCUGCACAUUCCCAAAAACUGUCAAGCCAUACAUACAGAGGUACCACCUGUCGAUUUCAAACAAACAGCAGGGGCAAUAACCACUAACUGCAGCUGCUUUAUAGCUUGUUAGCUCAGCGAGCAGUGCAGCUAGCGGUCCUAUUAGCUUAACUCAGGUCCGCCUGGACUGGAGGCUCAGAAUAAUGUGUUGGUGUUUAAACCACUAGCGCUGGUGCUUUGGACCCUGGAAGGAGGAGGGUUUCAGUCAGAGACAAUAAACUUGAAACUUUAAAAAGGGGAAAAACAAACUAACAAAUUAGAAAUGAGGAAAAACUCUUUGUGCCCCCUUUAAGUUGGGACCCCUGCAGCUUUUAUCCUCUGCAGCCUGCUCACCUGCAUUAACUGCCUCUGCACCCUCCUGCUUACAUCAGCAGAAACACUCCUACUGCAGGAGACGACAAUCAGCCAGUCAACUCGCUGACCUCAAGCUCUUAUAUAUUCUUUAUCUUUACAUCAUUUUAAACUACUCAUUAAGGUUUUUUUCUCACUAAACUCCCAGACCUCCCCCUUCAUCCACACCGCACCUGACAAAUGAUCCUGAACAGGUGACGACUGUUUUGGCAGUUCCUGGUACCACAACAGAAGAAGGCCAAAAACAAAGAUGUUUAAACACGGUCAGUAGUUUUUGUGAUACUGGCAGUGAUGCCAAAACAACUUAAUGUAACACAACCGUUAAAGGUUUUCACAGCUUCAUGUUCAUUAAUCACCAAACACCUCAGCCACCUGCCGGCUACGUGGUAGAAUCAAAGUGACUGAGUGUCGUGUGUGUGUGUGUGUGUGUGUGUGUGUGUGUGUGUGUGUGUGUGUGUGUGAUGUGUGUUAUACUCCGAGGUCAUGAGGCAUCCCCGAAUUUUCACAUGAAGCUCUGUGAGACAAAAACUGUGAGGUCUUUUCUAAUGGGCAUCAAUGUAUUUCCCAACUGAAGCCAACAAACCCGGACUGAGGGCACGUGUCCUCGCAGACCGAACGACUCCUUGUUAAACCUUGGAAAGAGUUCCAGCCAGUCGUCUAUCUUCCUUUGUUUGGUUCAAACACAUGCUCCUCGGGCGUGGUGCAAUAAUAGCAAUUUGGAGAUCAUAUCGAUAAGACCAAAGUCAAGAUGGUCUGUGCCAAGCAGGAUUUCACAACAGAGCCUCGUGAUUCUGACAGCCGACUUGUUGAAACUGUUGAAAGUGUCAGAUAUCGCCAACGGUCCCGAGCUUCUCUAAAUAUACAACAGCUUGAUCGUACCUUAACAGUUUUCAGUCUUAUAAACUGAUCACAAAAACCCUGAUUGAGGUUGUGUUUACAUUCAGCUCGGCUUCAGGAUUUGGUCGUGUGAACUGCAGCUUUGAGAAGAAGUUCGUCUUACAGGUUUCUCAUUGCCGGCGAAAUAAUGAGGCUGCGUCCCGUCAGGACGAGAGAUAAAGCAACGCAAUCAGUGUUUCAAACCCCAAAAAAUCUUGCUCCAAAGUAUUCUGAGUUGUUUUAUAUAUAUAUAUAUAUAUAUAGUUUUACUUGUGUGCUGUGUUGCCACAUUUGUUCUCACUUGUUUUUUUAAGUUACCCUGUCUCAUGCUGCUUUUAUACUUCUGCGAGCCAAAGACAAUUUUCCACUCUGGCGGACGAUAAAGACGUAUUCUCCUCUAUUCUGAGAGACCAAACACAAACACAGUGUGUCAGUCUGUCGUGCGUCAGUCUGACAAAACUUCUCAGUGUCAUCGCUUGGUUGGUUUUUGUCCUUUUUACAUGGAAUCAAAACAGAAAAGCAGUAUUGUUCAGACAUCAUGACAUGAUUAGCUGAAGGCUCUUCACAUGUUGUGUUGUAUUUUAUAAACCAAGUUUCUUCUAUGUGCAAUCAUACAUGACCCACAAAUCCUGAUUCUUAUCCUGACCAGUAACUUAGUUUCUCUCUCACUCAAGAUAUCAUGUUUUCCUUCUAGUCUGGGUCAAAGCUGUAAAAACUACAUUUCCCAUAAUGCAACUGUUCACAGCACCUUUUUUUUUUGUUAGACUCUUGCUCGUGUCACUGAGUUCGUGCCGCAGAGCCUUCUGUUAUUAAUUGGUCGUCUGCAAAACAAUAGCCAAGAUAAUGCCGAUGACGUCACCUGAUCGCCCCGAUGACAUCAUCUGGGUUGUUUUGUUUUUUUUUAAAACUUGGUGCUGUUGACAGGAUACAACUGUUUACAGGAGUUCCUCCUUUAAUUCAUCGUGUUCAUGAUGUUCUGCAUAAUAAAUCUCUCCUCUUUGAAUGUAAUCUAUAGGAAACUCACUUGUAUAUGAAAUGAUUAUAUUGAACAAAUGAAUGCUUUUGUUGAACAAUUACUGUGUGAAAAACAAAUAAAACGUGAGGCCGGCCUCUA